UCAGCCAAUGAAAAAACCUCUUGUGCGCAUGUCUUGCUGUCCCCAUGUGAGUAGUACAGUGCUUGCGUGCUGGCUAGCGACACGCUAAAGAACAAUCAUGCUUCGUCGAGAGGUGAGACUGAGACGAGAGUACUUGUACAGGAAGGCCCAAGAGGACAGGCUUAGAACCAUUGAGGAGAAGAAACAGAAGCUGAAGGGUGCACUUGAUGAAAAUCGUCUUCUUCCAACUGAGGUACGUAAAGAAGCUCUGCAGCUACAGAAACUCCUGGAGUUUGAUGAUGGAGGGGCAGAAGGUGUCGCCUCACACAUGGAUGAUGAAUAUAAAUGGGCUGGAGUUGAAGACCCUAAAGUCAUGGUCACCACAUCCAGAGACCCCAGCUCCAGACUCAAAAUGUUUGCCAAGGAGGUAAAGCUGAUGUUCCCUGGAGCUCAGCGUAUGAACAGAGGAAACCAUGAGAUUGCUGCACUUGUGCAAGCCUGCAAAUCCAACAACAUUACAGACCUGGUCAUCGUGCAUGAAACAAGAGGACAGCCAGAUGGCCUUACGGUGUGCCACUUACCAUUUGGACCCACAGCUUAUUUCACACUUUACAAUGUGGUAAUGAGGCAUGAUGUUCCAGACAUAGGCACCAUGUCUGAAGCCUACCCCCACCUAAUUUUUCAAAACUUCACCUCACGACUUGGCAAAAGGGUAUCAAAUAUCCUGAAGUAUCUUUUUCCAGUGCCGAAGGAAGACAGCAUGCGUGUAAUCACAUUUGCCAACCAAGAGGACUUCAUCAGUUUCAGACAUCACACCUACAAGAAAACAGACCACAAGAACAUUGAGCUGACAGAAGUAGGACCCAGGUUUGAAAUGAAAUUGUACAUGAUUAAACUGGGCACCUUGGAGAAUGAGAGCACGGCAGAUGUGGAGUGGCGUCACCAUGCAUACACACACACGGCAAAGAAAAGGAGGUUCCUCAGUGUGCAAUAGGAACUAAUAAAGCAUAGUCAAACUGUGCUUGUUGGACUUUAUAAAACUUAAAAUGUGGAGUUUAUCAAAUGGCAAGUGUUUGUUUUUUUUUUUGUUAUAGUAGCCCAUCAAAUAUGAUCUGAAAUGUUAUCAGUUGAAUUAAAUGGAUUGCCCACUGAGACUAUUACAACUCUUGUGCUGUUUUGUAAUAAAUUGUAUUGUAACCUA